UGUUCCCCUUGAGCAUGCGUAUGGAUCAGACCAGUUUUGAACAGAAAAGCUGUUCGAUUUAUUAAUUACAUUUUUGUAGUUUUUUGGAAGUUCAGUUGUUUUGGGGAAUCCUGUUUCCGACCCGCAUAGUAUGUGGCGGGGUGCACAUUAAAAUGUGUGAUCGCCAAUAUACCAGGCAUAGAAGAAGAGGUACUCUUAAUUUCUUUCUAAAGAAGAAGAAGAAGUAGUAGCUGCUACCGGAAAUGAGUAUUUGCUUGCGAUCAGUUCAAUUUGAGCAUGGCGAUGAGAGCAUUUCCACGAGUUCGACUGAUUUAAGAUUCAUACAUGCUUAACGUUAAUAUGGACAGCGGGACAUACUCAUCCUGCUCCUCUCCUUUGAUGCUGGAAACAGCACUUUGACAGAUCUUCAUGUGAGCACAGGCGCAGAAGAAAGGCUAGAGAAGACAAGUUUUUGUAUCUCUGGCGAGUUGAUUUGCAUCUAAAAAGCACCAGAAUCGCUUUGGCGGGCCGCCUGCCUGCUGAGUGCUAAUUGGGGAUUGUGAGAAAUUUUGAAGAGUCAUUUACCAAACUGACUAUUGCCUUGUUUACCACGUGAGAAAAUGAGUCCAGAGAGGGAAACAUUGUUGGAUGACAUAGCACUGAGUUUAUGGACUUUAACCGAGGAUCAUUUACGUUAUCUAUGCGAGCGGUGUGGAAUAUGUGGCCGAGAUGGGUCUGAAGUCAAAGGAGAGAGUAGACGCUCACUGCGUUGUAAAAUACUGGAGGAAUAUUGUGAGAGUGCUGCUUUAACAGAAUCUGAGGAACAAGGAAUGUCUCGGUUACUACAACUGAAAGAAGACAUCACCGGAAUAGAGGAAGAGGCUAGCGUUGUCCCCACGAUUCCCAGCCAAUCAGCGACAGCGGGCAGCUCCCAAGCAUGCUGCGAUGGAGAACAGAAUGAAGAGGGAGGGGGUUGGUUUCCCAACAGGAAGCUGGAGGCAGAGCCAGUUCCACACUGGCUCAUUAUACCACAGCAGGGAGUGAGAGUGAGGGGGUCUGAUACCAAAUGUACAGAGUCACUGGGUCCUGGUUGUGACGGUGGGCAGCAGGCCCCAGAGAUGGCGUCUUGGCAGACUCUAAAGAGGUUAACGGUGCUGCUGGAGGACUGCAGGUUUAUGCCGGGCCAGAGAGUCAACAUCAAAGUAGAAGAGGAGGAGGAGAUGAUUUCUGUCUUUGCUGAUGAUGGUAUGAACAGAACAGAGUGCAUUGAAUGUGUUUAG